AAAUAAUUAAUGAACAACAAUAAAUUGAAUCUCUUAGAUGUUUUAAGAAAGAAAAGAUAAGAAUAAUAAAGUGAGUAAGUUCCAAGAACUCCUCCAAUAAUAAAAUAAAAAUCGAAGGAAGAAAUACGAAAAUAUUUAGUAUAAAAUCCAAAGACAAACUUAAUAAGUCUUUUCAAAAAGAAGAGAGAGGAUGAUAAUACACCUUGUACUCGUUAAAAACUGUUGAAAUAUUAUGAUAGUUAAGGUAGAAGUUCUAUUUUGUCACCAAUUUGUGCAACUAAUCAUGUUCCAUAAAAGAGUGUAUCAGAUGAGAGUACAAAUGCUUUAUAGGUAUGAUAUGAAUUAAAAAAGGACAGAUAACAAUACCAAAGAGAAUGUCAUUAGUAUCUCCAAGAUUAUAACAUUUAAAUUCAUAAACAUCAAUACUGGAAUCACCAAAUGAGAUAGAGAGUUUUUUAGUAUAAGGAUCUAAUGCAUCAAAAUUAGAUUUGGAUGAACAUUUUUUAAGAAUUGAGAAUGUAGAUAAUCCAAGAAUAAUGAGAUCAUAAUCAUAAUGUUAGGAUGAAGCAUAAUAAACAAUGAUACCAAAUACUUUAAGUGUUCCAAUGGGUAAAGGACCAAGGAGAUUAUAAUCAUUUUCAGUAGGUGAUCCAUUUAGAAAUGUUAUAAAUGCAGCCGAAUAGAGAAGAUCUGUUAGAUUAAUGAGAGGACUAAGUGGAAUUCAUUAACCAAAAGAAACAUAAAUAUUAGAGAGAUCUAGAGAUGAAGCUGGAAGAAAGAAAAUGAACAAUUUUGUAAUAUUACAUGAAUUAGGUAGAGGUGCUUUUGGAAAAGUACGUUUAAUUUACAAUGAAAUUGAUUAAUAAUAUUAUGCAAUGAAGAUAGCAGAUAAAAAUAAAUUAAAAAGAAAAUUAUUAACAAAAGAGACAUCAGCAUAUUCAUUAUUAGAACAAGAAGUAGCUAUAUUAAAAAAAGUUGAUCAUUAAAAUAUCGUUAGAUUAGUAGAAGUUAUUGAUGAUCCAGAAGAGAGGAAAUUGUAUCUAAUUAUGGAAUAUGUUAAAAAAGGAUCUAUCAAUUCAAAAUAGUAUUGGAAAUCUGAAGGUGUUAAUAUUGAUUGGGAUGAAGGAGAAAAACCACCAAAAAUUAGUUGUGAAAAGAUAAGAAAAUAUCUUAGACAUUUUCUUCUUGGAUUAGAUUAUCGUAAAAAUAAACAAUUAUCUAUUAAGUACAUAACUUUGCAAGAAUACUGCAUAGAGAUAUUAAACCAGAUAAUUUAUUAAUUGAUGAGUUUGACAAUUUGAAAAUAGCUGAUUUUGGAGUUGCCUAAAUGUAUGAUAGUUCAUCUGCAGAUUUGAUCUAGGGUGAUGUUGGAACUAAAGCAUUUUUACCUCCUGAAGCAUUUAAGACAUCUUAAGUAAAAGGAAAACCAGCAGAUAUAUGGGCUACAGGCAUUACAUUUUUUAUACUCACUUAAGGACAACAUCCUUUUCCUGCUAAAAAUGUAUAAUAACUUAAAGAAGCUGUUUCUAAUCAUGAACUUAAGUUCUUUGAAGGAACUGAUCCUGAUCUUGCCGACUUUUUGACUUGUUGUCUAAAAAAGGAUUCAAGAUAACGUCAUACACUUGAAUAACUUAUGGUAUACAUAUUAUUUACUAUUUAUUUAAUAGGAUCAUCCAUUCAUUACACUUAAUGGCGAAGAACCAUUGAUUGAACAAGAAUUUUCAGAUGAGAAUUUCUUCAUCUCAGAAAAUGAAAUUAGUAAAGCACUCUCUAAAGUUACUAUUAGAGCUACUGUGAGAGUCUUUGCUAAACUUAGAUAAAAACUUAAUUAGUCUAGAUAAAGGAUUAAAAAAUAGUAAUGA